GGGACUCCGCGAGCAAGGCCUGCGAUUGGAGCGCGCGGUGGGGCCCGCGAGGAGGUGACGCGGCGGCGGAGGUGACGCGUGCGGUCGCGCGCCCCUUCCGGCGCGGGGAGGGCGCUGAAGAUCCGGGGCCGCUCGGCCGCAGGCCGCCUCCAGCGCCGCGGGAUGUAGCCCGGGGGACCGCGGCCCCCAGCAGAGCCUGCCCUCCCGGCGUGUCUACCAUCACAGGGAGAUCUCUGCCCCCUGGGGCUGAGAGACCCCAACCUUUCCCCAGGCUGAAGCUGCAGGGCCUUGAGGAACCAGCCAGAUGUCUUCUCACAAAGGAUCUGUGGUGGCACAGGGCAAUGGGGCUCCUGCCGGCAACAGGGAAACGGACACAGUGGAACUGGCUGAGCUGGGACCCCUGCUAGAGGAGAAGGGCAGACGAGUGAUCGCCAAUCCGACCAAAGCUGAAGAAGAGCAAACAUGCCCAGUGCCCCAGGAAGAGGAGGAGGAGGUGCGGGUGCUGACGCUUCCCCUGCAAGCCCACCACGCCAUGGAGAAGAUGGAGGAGUUUGUGUAUAAGAGAAAGUCUCUCGGACUUUUUCCAAACUGGACUAUUCAGGGAUCGCUCUACGCUGGAUUAGGGAGCUUUGUCCCCUGGCUCUAUUACUCCUUCUACUGCUCCCCACAGCCACGGCUCAUCUACCUCUCCAUCGUUUGUGUCCUGGGCAUUUCUGCCAUCAUUGUGGCACAGUGGGACCGGUUUGCCACUCCUAAGCACCGGCAGACGAGAGCAGGAGUGUUCCUGGGACUUGGUCUGAGUGGUGUGGUGCCCACCAUGCACUUCACCAUCGCGGAGGGCUUCGUCAAGGCCACCACGGUGGGCCAGAUGGGCUGGUUCUUCCUCAUGGCUGUGAUGUACAUCACUGGAGCUGGCCUUUACGCUGCUCGAAUUCCUGAGCGCUUCUUUCCUGGCAAAUUUGACAUAUGGUUCCAGUCUCAUCAGAUUUUCCACGUCCUGGUGGUGGCGGCAGCCUUUGUCCACUUCUAUGGGGUCUCCAACCUUCAGGAAUUCCGUUAUGGCCUGGAAGGUGGCUGUACUGAUGACUCCCUUCUCUGAGCCUUCCCACCUGAAGGGUGGAGGAGGAGCUUCCCAAGUGCUUUUAAAAAUAACUUCUUUGCUGAAGUGAGAGGAAGAGUCUGAGUUGUCUGUUUCUAGAAGAAACCUCUUAGAGAAUUCAGUACCAAUCAAGCUUCAGCCCACUUUCACACCCACUGGGCAAUAAACGUAACAUGUCCAUUCCCCUAGCUGGGGAGGGUGGGGAUGGCCAAACUUAGUCAUCCCCCUCCUCAGCAAGGCAACUACCGGCCCCUCACAGAGACAGUACUUUGAAACUCAUGUUGAGAUUUUAUCCCUUCCUCCACCAUUUUGGGAAGAAAUUAUGGACUGGGACUCUUCAGAAAUUCUGGUUUUUUUCUGGAAGAAAAUGUCCCUCCCUUACCCCUAUCCUUACUUUGUAACCUGGCUUAUAACAGGCCAGCCAUUUUGUAGCACACUUUUCAAAAAUGAUUAUAUAACCUGGUCCCAUCUUUCUAGGGCCUGGAUCUGCUUACACAGCAGAAAGAAUAAAGCCACCAACUUUUAACAUUAGGGCUAUCAUGGAAGUGUGUCCAGGCUUCAAAUAACUUGAGUUUUAAUUUUUUUUUUCUUGGCAGAGUAAUGUAAAAUUAAAAUGGGGAAAGAUAUUUAAUAUUUAAUACUAAGCUUUAAAAAGAAACCUGCUAUCAUUGCUAUGUAUCUUGAUGCAAAGACUAUGAUGAUAAUAAAAGAAAGUACAGAAGACACUUGGCAUUCAAAGACUUAA